GCGGUUAGCGCCUUGUCAACCCGGCUGCUCGGACUCGCUCCGGCCUCCGCGUCCGGCGACGUGCGGGCGCUCCGGCCACCCUCCGCGCCCGCUCCGCUCCCCGCGCCCCCGGCAGCGCCAGCCCCAUGCCCGCCGGCAGCCCGGGCCCCACCGCCCCAUCUGCGCGGUGGCCGCCGCCGCUGCCGCUGCUGUUGCUCUGCGUCCUCGGGGCGCCGCGAGCCGGAUCCGGAGCCCACACAGCUGUGAUCAGUCCCCAGGACCCCACACUUCUGGUUGGCUCCUCCCUGCAGGCCACGUGCUCAGUGCACGGGGACCCACUGGGGGCCACGGCAGAUGGCCUCUACUGGACCCUGAAUGGGCGCCGCCUGCCCCCUGAGCUCUCUCGUGUGCUCAACGCCUCCACCCUGGCCCUAGCCCUGGCCAACCUCAAUGGGUCCAGGCAGCAGUCAGGGGACAACCUGGUGUGCCAUGCCCGGGACGGCAGCAUCCUGGCCGGCUCCUGCCUCUAUGUGGGCUUGCCCCCAGAGAAACCUUUUAACAUCAGCUGUUGGUCUAAGAACAUGAAGGACCUGACCUGCCGCUGGACACCCGGAGCACGUGGGGAGACUUUCUUGCACACCAACUACUCCCUCAAGUACAAGCUGAGGUGGUAUGGACAGGACAACACGUGUGAGGACUACCACACGGUGGGCUCCCACUCAUGCCACAUCCCCCGAGACCUGGCCCUCUUCACGCCCUAUGAGAUCUGGGUGGAGGCUUCCAACCGCCUGGGGUCAGCCCGCUCUGACGUGCUCACCUUGGAUGUGCUGGACGUGGUGACCACCGACCCCCCGCCGGACGUGCAUGUGAGCCGUGUGGGGGGCCUGGAGGACCAGCUGAGUGUGCGCUGGGUAUCUCCCCCUGCCCUCAAGGACUUCCUCUUCCAAGCCAAGUACCAGAUCCGCUACCGUGUGGAAGACAGUGUGGACUGGAAGGUGGUCGAUGACGUCAGCAACCAGACCUCAUGCCGCUUGGCCGGCCUGAAGCCAGGUACCGUGUAUUUUGUGCAAGUCCGCUGCAACCCGUUUGGCAUUUACGGCUCCAAGAAGGCUGGGAUCUGGAGCGAGUGGAGUCACCCCACUGCAGCCUCCACCCCCCGAAGUGAGCGGCCGGGCCCGGGCGGGGCAUGCGAACCCCGGGGCGGCGAGCCCAGCUCGGGCCCGGUACGGCGCGAGCUCAAGCAGUUCCUGGGGUGGCUCAAGAAGCACGCGUACUGCUCCAACCUCAGCUUCCGCCUCUACGACCAGUGGCGGGCGUGGAUGCAGAAGUCGCACAAGACCCGCAACCAGCACAGGACGAGGGGAGCCUGCCCUCGGGCCGAAGGGGCGCGGCGAGAGGUAAAGGGGGACCCGAGCGGGAGUGGGGGAGUGCAUGAAGCUGGCGAGGGUCUCCUUCCAGGCCCCGCGGACCCCUCCCCUGAACCUUAGAGACUCUCAGUGAAAUCCCUUCUCGUUCGCUCACUUACUAUUAUUAGCACUUGCUGGAUGCCUGGAACAUGGCCUCCUCAGGAGUGCAUCUUCUCACCACUGUUAGCAUGCCUGCGCGCCUAGUGCUUGAUCUGUGCCAUGAACUUCAGGAGACAGCCAGAUAGUCACAAGGCCCAAAGAGGGGCAGGGUCCCAUCCAGGGCCACACAGCCCAAGGGCAAAGGACUGUACCUGUACCUCCCCCUGCCCCCAGGCUCCCUUCCCUAAGCCUCUCUCAUU